AUGCACAGGUUUCUGGGGUUGGGGUGGGUAAGAUCUCAGGCGUUCUUUAAUAAUGGAGCUUCAGGGUCGGUUGAUACUCUCUCUCUCUCUCUCUCUCUCUCUCUCUCUCUCUCUCUCUCUCUCUUGCACCCUCUCCAUCUCCCCGAGGAGUUCAAGUGGGCCGAGUUUUUUGCACGGCACCUUCGGCGACAGCCCAUUUGUCUCCUGGGCCUUUCCUCGCUAUUCCUUGUUGCUGCGGACGUCACCGCAUUCGCGGCUGCUGCCAGUGGCGGGGAGCAUGAGAUGCGUGUGAGAAGGGCCUUGCUCUUCGCGCAAGGGCUGGCUCUACAGCAUGUUGAGCAGGGCCCGGCAUCUUCACAAGGAGCACGUUCUUUGGAUUUACUCAGGACCAAGUGGCCACUCUGGCGGCUGCUGCGCAGCGUGCGGCGGGAGAUGGUCUCUGGGAGUCGCUUCAAGGUCCCAUCGCCUCGCAUGGCCACACUGCCGGAGGAGGCUGUGUGGCCAGCGGAGGAGGACCUGGGCUCGGAACAGUGGGGAAAGAUUCGAAUUCAGGACAUCUACCUCUCUGUCAUCGUCCAGUGCAGGAACGAUGACUACGGAGGCAAUAUGCUCCUCCGCUUGAACCGGAUGCUGGCAACAACUGCGACAAUGCUGGAAGCAGCACAAGUGCCAGCUGAGAUCAUCGUCGUGGAGUGGAAUCCGCCAUUGAAUGCGCCGCAUAUGCGAGAAGCCAUCACGCGCGAGCCCGGAGGGGAUAGCAUACCCAUCCGAGUCAUCCACGUGCCCACGGAGAUACACAUGUCCAUGCCGCACCACAAGGUGGGUGAGAAGAGGGUGGGUGGUGACCGGUCGACUGUGCAGUCAUGCAAUGGAGGAGUGCUUUUUUUUUCUCAGGCACACCCGAUCUUUGAACACACUGCAGAGAACAUAGCCUUCCGCCGGGCGCGUGGGAAGUUCAUCCUCAAGACGAAUAUCGACAACAUCUUGAGCCCGUUUACCGUGCUCUUCAUUGCUCGGAGAGAGCUUCAGCCUGAUGUGGUUUACCGUGCCACUUACAUGGAGUAUGACGUGACGUGCCCUGAGACAGAGGGCAUGGCCACAAACGAGCUGAUUGACUGGCUCUUUUCGCGUGAGGACCUGAUCAGCAAAAUGAACCUGGAGCUGGCAGACCUACAGGAGAAGUAUCCAGAUGACGCGACCGCUUGCAUGCAGCCGGGAGGAGACAUUGCCCAAGGCGAAAGCGAGCAGAAGCCUUUCUACUGGCCUGGCAGUGGGGAUUUCGUGCUUACGAGCAGACGAUGGAUCCUGGCCAUUCAUGGCUAUCCCGAGGUGGCCCAGAAUUGGCAGACCGACGACCUCAUCCAUUGUCGGCUGCGGGCUGCCGGCGUGCGACAGGUGGUGCUUUUGCCGCCCUGUGUCACGGUUCACCAGAACCACCGACGCAUAAAUCGAGUCCGCGCCAGCACACGAUGGGUCAUCACGGACCACAACUUCAAAGAUGUUUGUGCCGAGCCCUUCCGCCCCAUGCAGACCGAGAUCGGCCUGAAGUCUGGGCACACAGAGGUGCAAGCUGCUUACGCAAGCUGCCGCAAGCUUGCAGGAAGGCGGUUGACGGAAGAUGGUCCUGAAGCUGCAGUACAGCGAGCGUACGUCCGAAAGGCAUUUGAAGCACUGCAAUCGGUUCACGCUGUCUGUAUCGUACUCUUGUUCGGAUGGUCAAGAGCACGGGACGUCAACGGGGUGCCCCGAACUCCCUUGUGCUCUGACCUGGCUUCUCAGUGGCCGCUCCUGCGCGAGAUGCCAAAAAGCAUGUCGGCUCAUGCGAACCAACAGACCCACGCAAGCAAACACAAGCCCGGCUUGAAAGAUGACAUAGAUUCGGUGGACCAGGCCCUGAACAGCUACUUCGAGGAGCUCCAGAAAGACUCGCAGAUGCUGGAGACCAUGGCUCGUCAAGCUGUGGCUGCCGCGGCGCGGCGCCUGGAUGUGAAGAAGGACAGCCUAGAACAAGCUCGUUUGGCCAAAGUCGAGAAAGCAGCCACCAAGAUCACCGAGGCGGAGUCCAACUUGGAGGCAGAGAUGGCGGGUGAAAGUGCCCGGGCUUCCUCCAUGGCAACGCAGCUCGAGGAGGCACUGGCCAAUCUUUCCGCCACGCAAGAUGCGCGAGAGACAUUUCACGCCAAGGUUGUGCGACACAAAGCCGAGAUGGCUGACCAGCUGAGUGAACUUGUGCAGUGCAAGGUGCUGGCAUCUGGAGCGCUUGAUGACAUCAAGCACCAUAUCGACGAUGAUUUGGAUGAGGUGAUCAGCAACUAUUCCGAGGCCGCAAUGCACGAGGCUGAGCACAUGACUGAGGAUGAUAUGCCGGACCUGACAAGCGAUGUUUGGCCCCCUGUGCAUGAAACUUCCUAG